AUGAAGUACUCGACCUUGCUAGUUCUGGGUCUCAUUUUGACCCUGGCCCUCGGCGCAGAGGCCAAAUCGAAGUCCAAGAAGCAAAAAAAUAAGCAGAAGGAUGGGGUCCUGCCCCUCGCGGAGCCCUGCAAAGCAGCCAACUGCAAGCUUCCCGACUGUAGAUGCUCCGAUGCCGUUCUGCCCAGGUCCAAGUUCCAGGGAAAGGAGAACGAGAUUCCCCAGUUUGUGACCAUAACUUUUGAUGACGCAGUGAAUGCAGUAAACUACGCCCAGUACGAGCUGCUCUUCGAGGGACUGACCAAUCCGGAUGGCUGCGCGGCUGCCGGAACCUUCUUCCUGUCGCACGAAUACACGGAUUACGUGCGGGUGAAUGCCCUCUACAGAGCGGGUCACGAGAUCGCCCUGCACUCGGUGACCCACGGAUCUGGCACCGACUACUGGCGAUCGGCGGACGUGGCCACCGUGGAGCAGGAGUUCGGGGCCCAGCUGAAAAUGCUGGAGGCCUUCGCCAAGGUGGAUCCCAAGAAGAUCCAGGGAAUGCGACUGCCUUUCCUGCAAAUUUCCGGCAACAACACCUUCGAGGCUGCCCGGCGAUUGGGAUUGAGUUACGACAGUUCCUGGCCAACACAGCAGUUCAAGGAUCCCGCCAUGUGGCCCUACACCCUGGACUUCAAGUCGAAGCAGGACUGCCAGAUAGGUCCUUGUCCGGAGGCCUCCAUCCCCGGAUUCUGGAUCAACCCGAUGGUCACGUGGACCGACACGGAGGGCUACAGCUGCUCCAUGAUCGAUGCCUGUGUGUAUCCGCCGGAGGACGACUUGGACGAGCUCUUCGACUGGAUGCUGGAGAACUUCAACAGGCACUACGAGGGCAGCCGGGCUCCCUUUGGAAUGUAUCUGCAUGCUGCUUGGUUUUCCCGGGGACGCAACUACUUCGGAGCCUUUAAAAAAUUCAUCAACCACCUGAACACCUAUACGGACGUGUACUUCACGGGCAUUUCGCGGAUGUUGGAGUACGUGAGGAAGCCCGUGCUGGGGGCUCCCUUCAAGGACUGCCCCGAAUUGCCGGAGGCGGAGUGCCGCGCGGUCCAGUGUCAUGUCCAAAAGAUGUCCACCGGCGAGGAGCGCUACAUGAACGUGUGCGACAAGUGCCCGGCCGUCUAUCCCUGGCUGGACAAUCCUCUCGGAGAGCAGCUGUAG